AUGGCUCAAGAUUCUAGCAACAAGAAUCUUGUCAUCCUGGGCAGUUCCUACGGGGGCAUAUCCACGGCACACUACCUUCUUAAACAUGUUGUCCCCAAGUUGCCCAACAAAGAGAGCUAUCAGGUCAUCCUCGUCAGCACCUCGUCGCAGGCCAUAUGUCGCCCGGCUUGUCCCCGCGCAUUGAUCUCAGAUCACAUGUUCCCCAAAGAGAAGCUCUUUGUCAGUGUACCACAGCAGUUCGAGCAAUAUCCGAACGAUACAUUCCGUUUCAUACAAGGUACCGCGACAGCACUCGACCACGCCGAUCGUCAUGUCACCAGAAAAUUGGAUACCAUGCGCUUGUCAUCGCCUCUACAAGGACUGAAUGGCGACUCCGAGUCCCUGCGGGAGAGCUGGAACACAUUCCGCGCAGCUCUCCCCAAUGCCAAACACAUUGUCAUCGUGGGUGGAGGUCCGACUGGUGUCGAAACAGCCGGUGAACUAGGCGAAUAUCUCAACGGUCGGGCUGGCUGGUUCAGCUCUAAACUGGAGAAUCCCAAGGUGCCCAUUACACUAGUGACGGGCGCGAAGAUACUCCCAGUCUUGCGCCCCGCGAUCGUGAAGAAGGCGGAGGAAUUCCUCGCGCAGGUCGGCGUGACUGUGCUCAAGGGCUCACGCGUUGCAACUGUCUCACCACCUGACGCAGGAACUGAGAGUGCUCUGACGACCAAUGCGACAGUGACCUUGGAAGACGGCAAGACAUUCGGGGCCGACCUUUAUAUUCCGGCUACCGGCGCAGCGCCCAAUACCAGAUUUGUGCAUGAGUCAUUGUUGACUGACAGUGGCUUGGUAGAGACUAACGUAUUCACUCUACGUGUGGAUAAGGCUGGCCCGCGAGUCUACGCGGUUGGUGAUGUGGGAUCACAUGCCCGUCCGGCAGUGCACAAUAUCUUGAAUACGGUCCCGACUCUGUGUGCGAAUAUUAAACGGGAUCUGCUCAUUGCCGAGGGGAUGGAAGAAAGUGCUGUCGGAACUGAUCGCGUGUUCAAGGAGGAUACCCGCGAAACUCAGCUUGUGCCAAUUGGAAAGAGCAAAGGUGUGGGCACCGCCAUGGGCUGGCAGUUACCCAGUCUACUGGUGUGGCUAAUCAAAGGUCGGGACUAUUGGCUCUGGACCACGGGAGGUUUAUGGAGUGGCAACCAAUGGGCUAAAGAGGCAUGA